CCACGCGAAGCCGCUCGGGGUCCCGCGCAUCCAGUGCGGGAUGCUGCUGUAGCAGAGCGCACGCAGGUAGCGCGCGAGAGCCACUAGGUGCAGCGGUGACGCGAGCGGACGCUGCUGCGGAUACCGAGGAGCGGAGCGCGAUCAGCCCAGCGGAGAAGAAAACACCUGUACAAAAAAAUGAAAUUACUCCAAUCGCUCGUGCUGUGCGGGACUCUGGCGCUGCUCUCUUCCGGGCAAAAUGCGGAGGAACGCUCGUCCGAGGAGGGCGGCAUCUCCUUCGAGUACCACCGGUACGACGAGCUGAGGAAGUCGCUGGUGUCCGUGUGGCUGCAGUGUCCGUCCAUCAGCAGGAUCUACACGAUCGGGGAGAGCUUCGAGGGCAGGGAGCUGCUCGUGCUGGAGAUGUCCGACAGCCCGGGGGUGCACGAGCCUGGUGAGCCCGAGUUCAAGUACAUCGGGAACAUGCACGGCAAUGAGGCCGUGGGCCGCGAGCUGCUCAUCUACCUGGCGCAACAUCUCUGCAACGAGUACCAGAGGGGCAACGACACCAUCAUCGACCUGAUCCACAGCACCCGCAUUCACAUCAUGCCCUCCAUGAACCCGGAUGGCUUUGAGAAGGCUGCUUCCCAGCCCGGGGAUCUGAAAGACUGGUUUGUGGGGCGCAGCAAUGCCCAGGGCAUCGAUCUCAACAGGAACUUCCCCGACCUGGACCGAAUCGUAUACAUCAACGAGAAGGAGGGAGGUGCCAAUAACCAUCUUCUCAUGGACAAGAAAGCUGUGGAUGAGAACCCUAAGCUGGCUCCUGAAACCAAGGCCGUCAUCCACUGGAUCAUGGACAUCCCUUUUGUCCUUUCAGCCAAUUUGCACGGUGGAGACGUUGUGGCCAAUUACCCCUACGAUGAAACGCGCAGCGGCUCUACCCACGAGUACAGUGCCAGCCCCGACGAUGCGAUCUUCAAGAGCCUAGCCCGCGCCUACUCCAGCUUCAAUCCCAUCAUGUCGGACUCCAGCAGGCCUCCGUGCCGAAAGAACGAUGACGACAGCAGCUUCAAGGAAGGGAUCACCAACGGGGGCGCGUGGUACAGCGUUCCUGGAGGCAUGCAGGACUUUAACUACCUGAGCAGCAACUGCUUUGAGAUCACGGUGGAGCUGAGCUGUGAUAAAUUCCCCCCAGAAGACACGCUCAAGAUGUACUGGGACCAGAACAAAAACUCCCUCAUCAACUAUAUUGCUCAGAUCCACCGUGGCGUGAAGGGCUUUGUCCGGGACCUGCAGGGGAACCCGAUCUCCAACGCCUCCAUAUCUGUAGAGGGGAUUGACCAUGACAUCACUUCUGCUAAAGAUGGGGAUUACUGGCGUCUGCUGGCUCCUGGGAACUACAAAGUGUCAGCAUCUGCUCCGGGAUACCUCACUGUGAUGAAGAAAGUAGCUGUCCCCUACAGUCCGGUGGUUAGGGUGGAUUUCGAGUUGGAGUCAUUGGUGGAGCGGCAGGAAGAGGAGAAGGAGGAGCUCCUGGACUGGUGGAAGAUGAUGUCAGAGACACUGAAUUUCUGAGCGGGUCUCCCCACCGUCAGACACGCUGGUGUAUUCGAAAAUACGUGUUAGCAUCUCUGUGUCGAUCACCUAACGUUAAGGUACCGUCUUUUUUUUUGGUUUCGUUUUUUGUUCGGUUGUGACAGAAGCCCUUUGAACCGCUUGUCCUCGUCUCUGGUGCAUUUUAUACAUUCGAUAGAGCAAAAUGACAAAUGCGUCCGGGAUCGACACAAGCAGUUCAGUGUUGGCAGCGAGGGCUUUUCUUUUCUCGCUUCCUGUGAAUUUGCGUUCCUUAUGGUACAUGUUAAAUGAAUUAUGUAACCAUGGAUCAACACCAAACUGUAUAACCAAACGUAGGACACUGUGUUGUGUGGAAUGUGAGUAUUAAGAAUGAUACCGAAAUAAAAAGACAGUCCUAAUCGUCACUUACACCCUUUUAUAAAUUAACGUAUUUUUCUGUCACAACCUCUGUUCUUUAUUAUCCAUAUAUUUCAGCGGUAAAAUAAACAUUGAUAUUAAAUUUUGAUAUUUACGAAACCGUAGAACUGUAAAUUAAGGAAAAAAAGAUCUAAAGAAGUGUAACAGAACUAUAAUUUAUGCUUGUAUUGUAAAUUGUGCGGUUGAACAAGGACACUAAUUAUGCUGAUAUGACAUAUCUUUUGACCGAAGGAUAGUUUGGGUAGGUUUUUGUACAGAGGGACUUGUGAUCGAGAGCUUCAGGCUCUCUUGUCCUGUAUCGAUCAUAUCACACUUUCUUUCGCAGAACAAAGGAUUUCAGGGCUCCUGCUUAGUUCUCACAGAUGGUCAGGUCAUGUCACGUACACUGUCAAAACUACACAGCUACAAUGUUGUGUCCAUAUAUGCGUUUUUACUGCUCUUCACUCGGAGCAUAAGAAACAAGUAGGAGACGGAUCGUGCCGGAAGGUCUGUCACAAUAAUGCCAUAGUCGAUCGCUUAAUUUGCCGUAGACAAUGUCAGGUGUAUAAAGUGCAAGGAAGCUCAUUUUAAGAAAAUGGCUCGGGCCCUGUUUCGCAGAGCUGUCAGUGCCAGUUGAUGUUGUAUCUUUUGUUUUAUUUUCAGGACUGCAAACUGAAAUGUCAAUGAAUGUAACAAUCAAUCAUAAAGAAAAGAAAUCUGAUUGUUAAGGACGAAUAAAAACUUGUAUGUUGUCACCCUCGCGUGUGUGGGAUUGUGAAGUUUCGGAAUGGUUUUGCAUUAUUAAAUUGGCCAGAUUUUGCUGCGGUUAUUACUUCUUUAAUCAUUUAUCUAUUAAUUUUUGGCUUUUAACAAGAAAGAUAAAUUAAAAGCUAUGCCAGUUCUACCACAAUACAUUU